UAUUAUUUCCCAGCCGGCCACCAUUGUUCUUGUUGCCCUGCCUUAAUUUUCUAUUGUUAUUUGUUAAAUAAAUGGGAAUUCACUAUUGCACAAUUUUUUUUUUAUCUUUUAUUAUUAUACAUUUAUUUGUAAAUAGGUAGGGAGUAAUGACUGACAGUGCAUAGCCAAAAAGAGAGACAUCUCCACGAGCAGACGCCAUUGUGGGGUUGGGUGCACGAACUUUGGCAAGCUUUUUCACUAAGGGACGCUGAAAGGAAGGAAGGAUUGCUCUUUGGAAAUCUCAUCUGCGAAAUCCCAGCUCCCAAAUCAGGUUGUCAUACUGAUGACAAGGGUUUAAGCUCCGCCAGAACGAGAGAAACUACUGCAAUAAAUGGGAAGCUAGAAUUCUUUGGGGGAUAGAAAAAAAUCCCUUCUUCAACAGCAGUUGAAUGGUACGAACCCAGAAGAGCCUUUCGGCUGAACGAACCCAACAGAGGAACAAGCAAUUUCGGUUUGUGGAGCGGAAGAAAGGAAAGAAAUCGCUCUCACUCAUUCAGAUGGUGUAAGAUUGGCGCGUAAGCAAGCAAAUUGGAAUUUCUUCACUUUGAAGCUUGAAUCGUUGGAAGUCUCAGAUUCUUCUUGGGCUUGUUUCUUCUUCCCAACAAUUUCCCACCAGUCAAAUCAGAGUCCAUUUCUUCUAAUGGUAUUGGUUCACCUGUCUCUCUCUUCCCCUUUUAAUAUUCAACAAUUGCUAAGCUAAGCUGGUCAAGCAAAAGAUUGUGUGAAUUUUGUUAGUUGAGGCUUGCAAAAGAUUGAAAAUUGCGGAAACUAGUUGCAUCAGCAGAUAAUGGAUGGGUACUGUAUACUAAUUUUCACAAUUUCGAAGAGUGUGAUGUAGACAUGUAGAAGGAAAGCGAGAAAGAGUGAAAGAGACGUACGUAAACUAAAUAGGAAGCGGUAGCUGAGUUAUUAAAGGAGAAAGCGGGCGGCUUGGCAAGCAAAGCAGGGUUUGCUCUAUGUGUGCGUGUGGACAAAUCUGUAAGGGAAGGGAGAAAUGGAAGGUAUAUAAUUAGGAAGGAUGCAGGGCAUGUGUUGGUGAUUUAAGACGGCAAUGUGUUAGUGUUGUGUGGGGCAUCAUUUCUUGUGAGGUGGGGAUUUCUUCAACACUUCUGCUAAUGUAACUGGCCCUCCUUGCUUCCAUUUCACGUGAUUGUGCCGUGUUCCUGUCUCUAGCUUCCACACUGUAUUUGUCCUGUGACUGUACAAAUUCUCUUCGGGUUCCUCGUUUCCCCUCCUCUGUCCUCUCCCUGUGUUCAGCGUCUGUUUUGAUUCUUUCCAAUGGGGUGAUGUUGGGAAGACAUACGUUACAACUGGGGUUAUAGGUAUUUACUGUUUCUUAGUUUUUGACUUCUCAAUUCCCCUUGUUGUUUCCGUGAGCUGGGUGUGUAUGGUAGUGUUUGUCUCUCUCUCUCUCUCUCUUUCUCUUUUUGUUUUUUGCUGGGUUUGGUCUGAUUUGCUUCAUCCAGUAAUCCAAGGGAGUAGUAAGGCAUCAACUUUUCGUCUAUCCAAUUCCUCUGUCAGCUGUCACUUGUCCGCAACAAGCUGGUUCUUGUGGGUGGGGAACCAACGAUAAAACCAGAAAAGGGGUAAUACAGGAACAGGAGAACCUUAUACGGGCAGUAAAAAAAAUUUAAUGCCGAGCCUUAUCUAGAGAAUUCCUCUUCCUGGGUCCUCCUUAAUGCCUUAAAAGAUUCAAGCUUUACCAGAAAUUAGGAAUUGAGGUUCCCCUUCCCUUUUAAGUCUCUUACUGCAGUUGAGAGGGAAAGAAUGCCGGAAGUGCUUGGUUUAUUUGAGAGUUUGGUGGGGAUUGUUGUGGAGGUGUGUGGAUGGCAUGUGGGGAUAUAGGAAAGUGACCUACUUUCUUUUCACCGCUCUUAGCUUCUACUUUCUGUGUGCCGGUUUGUAAAGUGCAAUGGCAAUUUCAUGGUCAUUUGCCUUCUUCUGAUUUGUGAACUCUUCUGUUAUCUGAUUCUGCUGCAUAUGCCAGAUCUGCUGCUGCUACUGCUGAUUAAGUUUAAUUCUUCAAAACCCAGCUCAUGUCUCAGCUGGAUCGUCUCAGAGUAGGAGCCAUGGAUUUCGGCUUCUCCAAGAUGUCACCGUCUCCAAAGAAGGAUUCUUGGAAGACACUGUUGUUGUUGGCUUAUCAGAGUCUUGGCGUAGUCUACGGGGACCUUAGCAUAUCUCCACUAUAUGUGUACAAGAGUACAUUUGCAGAGGACAUCCAGCAUUCAGAAAGCAAUGAUGAGAUUUAUGGGGUUCUGUCAUUCGUGUUCUGGACACUCACUUUGGUCCCGUUGUUCAAAUAUGUGUUCAUUGUCCUCAGAGCUGAUGAUAAUGGGGAGGGUGGUACUUUUGCAUUGUAUUCGUUGAUCUGUCGGCAUGCCAAAGUUAGCCUUCUGCCCAAUAGGCAGGUUUCAGAUGAAUCACUAUCCACAUAUAUCACAGAACAUCCUACCGAGAGGCAAAGCUUUUCCUCAAAGACAUACCUUGAGAAACACAAGGGCUUGCACACUGCACUGUUGGUAUUGGUUCUUCUGGGCACUUGUAUGGUUAUUGGGGAUGGACUUCUCACUCCAGCUAUUUCAGUUUUCACUGCUGUGUCCGGACUUGAACUAUCCAUGGAGAAGCAUCAAUAUGCAGUUAUUCCAAUUACUUGCUUCACAUUGGUGUGCCUUUUCUCACUCCAACAUUAUGGCACUCAUCGUGUGGGUUUCUUAUUUGCACCAAUCAUCGUAUUGUGGCUAAUCUGCAUCACAGCACUUGGCAUCUAUAACAUUCUGUACUGGAACGUCCAUGUCUAUCAAGCUCUUUCCCCAUAUUACAUGUACAAGUUCUUGAAGAAAACAAAGAAAUCGGGGUGGAUGUCUCUUGGUGGGAUAUUAUUGUGCAUAACAGGAUCGGAGGCAAUGUUUGCUGAUCUUGGGCACUUCUCAUACACUGCAAUUCAGAUUGCCUUCACUUUUCUGGUUUAUCCAGCACUUAUAGUGGCAUACAUGGGUCAAGCUGCGUAUUUAUCACAACAUCAUGGGACAGACAUUAGCUUUUAUAUUUUUGUUCCUGAAAAACUCAGACUACCAGUGCUCAUACUCGCCAUUCUAGCUUCUGUUGUGGGAAGCCAAGCUAUCAUCAGUGGGACGUUCUCUAUCAUAAACCAGAGCCAGUCACUAAGCUGUUUUCCCAGAGUGAAGGUGGUGCACACUUCUGAUAAGAUCCAUGGCCAGAUUUAUAUCCCUGAGAUCAAUUGGAUGCUGAUGAUCCUCUGCAUUGCGGUAACCAUCGGCUUUAGAGACACCAAACACAUUGGAAAUGCAUCUGGAUUAGCGGUGAUGACAGUGAUGCUGGUGACCACUUGUCUAACUGCCUUGGUUAUCGUGCUGUGCUGGCACAAGCCACCAAUUCUAGCAGUCGCCUUCCUGCUAGUAUUCGGCUCGAUCGAGUUACUGUACUUCUCAGCUUCACUGACAAAGUUCAGAGAAGGUGCCUGGCUCCCCAUCCUACUGGCCCUCAUCCUAGUCAGCAUCAUGCUGAUCUGGCAUUAUGCCACCAUCAAAAAGUACGAGUAUGACCUUCACAAUAAGGUAUCUUUGGAUUGGCUUUUAGCUCUAGGUCCGAGCUUGGGAGUUGCUCGAGUGCCUGGAAUUGGAUUAGUCUUCAGUGAUCUCACCUCAGGCAUACCGGCUAACUUCUCUCGCUUCGUAACAAACCUCCCCGCCUACCACCGCAUCCUUGUCUUCGUUUGUGUAAAAUCGGUGACUGUCCCUCACGUUCCUCCGGCAGAGAGGUACCUAGUAGGGCGUGUGGGUCCACCCGAGCAUCGUUCUUACAGGUGCAUUGUCCGUUAUGGGUACCGUGACGUUCACCAGGAUGUCGAUUCUUUCGAGACCGAGCUUGUUGCGAAGCUGGCUGACUUUGUUAGAUACGACUGGCAUAGAGCAAAUGUGCAGUGUUCCUCCCCAACGACGACUAUUACAGAUGACGACGCAGCUCGGUCUGUGGCGUCCUCGGGGGAGUGCAGAUUGACUGUGAUAGGGACCAUGUCGUUUGCUGGAAACCCAGCUUACGAGGUGGAUGACACGGUGCAGGCUGUGAGUGUCUCUGUAGGUGGCAGAACGGUAGACAGUUUGAGUGAUGUGAUAGAGAUGGAAGCAGUGGAGAGAGGAGCGAGGAGGGUGAGGUUUGCUGUUGAUGAUGAUGAUGAGUCUGAAACUCAUCAGACAGAAAUGGGUGGCAAUGAUGUUGAGGUGGACGAGGAGUUGCGGGAUCUGCUGUCUGCACAGGAGGCAGGCACUGCAUUCAUACUGGGACACUCUCACGUCCGGGCGAAACAAGGGUCGUCGAUUUGGAAGAAGUUGGCAAUCGAUUUCGGGUACAAUUUCCUGAGGAGGAACUGCCGGGGACCGGAUGUGGCGCUGAAAGUGCCGCCGGUCUCGCUUUUGGAAGUGGGGAUGGUGUAUGUUGUAUGAGGAGAAGACGUAUACGUGUUUUCCAGUGGGAAAAUACAGGUUGUGAGUUUAACCGAUCAGCUAACUUGUUGUAAACGAACUGACCCUUUGGGGUAUAGAAAAUGGAGUGUGCAGCUAUGAGUAGCUGUAUGUGUGUUUUUCCCCCCUGUUAAAUUGGAAAAAGAAGCUAGCAGUGGUAGCUUUUUUUAUAUGAUAGUGAUGGAGGUCGUUUCCUUGUGGCUUGUGGGGAUUCUGAGCGUAUUUUGCAGUGUACAUAGCUUGGUACAUCCUCUAAUUUUUGUGAAAUCGCACCCGAGGUUAUAUUGGAAGAAUUCGCGGUAAAGUAUUUUGCAUUUAAGAAUUGUGAAAUUGCACGGGAAGUUAUAUCGGAGAACUUCACAAUAGAGUAUUUUGUAUUAA